CAUGUGGAAGACGCUCAUGUGCUCAGUCAGGACUUCAAAGACAGUCAUGCCGCUACUCCUCGAUGUGCUGGAGAGCUGGCCAGAGCACAGCACGCGCACCUCCGACGGGGACGACACAGACGUCUUUGCCCUGGCUGCAACUCUGGUGAUGUGGAAGAUCCUCCAGGUGCCCUGUGUGCCACACGUAGUGACAGUCUAUUUGCCCCGCCUCUUUGUGCAUCUGCUCUUCCAAGUGUUCUUCAGCACAGUGGAGAUGCCAGAGAAGGUCGAGAACUUGUGGAGAGCAUGCCAGGAGCAACAUGGCCUUGCCACCGACCCCAACAGGUUUGCAGUGCAGACCCUGAAGGACCUGCUCUGCCGACUCUACUAUGAGGACGUGGUGGUGGCCGUGGAACACAAGCGUGGCUGGGACACGCUGCUCAGUGCUGACACCCACCACCACGCAGUGGGUCUGCUGGCCAGGGAGAUGUCUCGGGCCUCCAAACUCGUGCGUUUCCGGAUCGUUUGCCACCUGUUCAGGCUGCUCAGCGGGGAGGAGCCACGCCGGGAUCUGCCUGCCCUGGCGUUCCUUGUGGAGGUGAGCCCGAUGGCCAGCGCAGCCUCGCGGAGCUGCCUGCCAGCUCUCUGCCCUCUCGUAGCCGCAGCUGCCCGGGACGGUGCCCGCGCCCUGUGCUGCUGCCUGGGCCCAGCGCUGCACGCUCGCGGGCUCGUGCCGGCCGGCUCCCCCGUCACUCCCCUGUGCCUUUCAGGUCCUCUCAGAUCCCCCUUUCCAGCGUUGGCUGGACUGGAGUAG